AUGCCCUUCUCCUCGACCACCAACGUGGACACUCCCAUUACUAACACCAACACGAAAACCUUCACGACCAACACUGCUACGGGUGACACCGACACCGAACCUCAAACGCAACCCUGGAAAUACGCCACCCGUAUUACCUGCACCAUUCCUAGCGGCAGAAGCAGCACCAGCAGCCUCCUCAGCACGUCCACAACUACUGCUGCUAGCAUGCGUGUGACCCGGCCCACCGCCAGCCUCCGUUUCGGCCCGCUGCAAGUGUUCGCCGAAGCAACGGUGCUUGACCCUGACGCUGCCGUCGGAGUAGCAGGGGGAAAGGGGGCCACGAGAGGGGGCGAAUCUAGCUCCUCCUCACGGGACGAUCUCAGCACUUCCAGCACCAGCAACAACAGCGCGGCGUACUUCCCCUGGCCCGUCUUGGACGCUGUGUUGUGCAAGAUGGUCAUUGUGGUGCCCUGCAAAGACGAGAAAUUGUCGGUUAUCCGCGGCGUGCUGGCGGCUAUCCCGGUGGGAUGUGCCGUCAUUUUGGUGUCGAACUGUCAGAGAACGGAUGACGACGACGAGUACGCACAGCAAGCAGCUAUGGCUCUGGCGUUCGCGUCACCUGGACGUCCGGUCAUGACGGUUCAUCAGAAGGACCCAAUUGCCGCGGCCGCGUUGCGAGCGGCGGGUAUGGCUGACCUGUGUGAGGACAAAGCGGUAUCCGGUGAUACACCCACCCCCGAGACAAUCCGCGACGGAAAAGGCGAGGGAAUGAUCCUCGGCAUCGCUCUGGCGGCGGCCUUUUGCCCCGGUCGAAAAUACAUUGGCUUUGUCGACGCCGACAACUUCUGCGCGGCUUCAGUGACGGAGUACUGUAAGGACUUUGCCACUGGGUUUGCCCUGGACGAGGAACGCGACGUGGAGGAAAAGGAGGAAAAGGAAGAGACGAUGGUCCGGCUGCGAUGGGCAUCGAAGCCCAAGGUCCGCAACGGCAUGGUCGAGUUCGUGCCGGAAGGCCGGUGCUCGCGCAUUGUCAACUCGUGGCUGAACCGAUUGUUUUCUCUCGAUGGUGGGAGUGGAAGUGGAAGGGAUGGAGCAACGGAAACGCCUGCUCAGAGUGGCUUCAUCACCACCGGCAAUGCUGGCGAACAUGCCAUGACCAUGGGCCUGGCGCUGAAACUGCGCUUGGCAUCGGGUUAUGCUAUUGAGCCGUUCCACUUUGUGGAUUUGCUAGAGCGCGCGCAGAUGACGGGCAGGAACACCACAAAUAUCAGCACCAAACAGCAGACGCCGUCAUCGUCGUCGACAGCUUCAUCGUCAGUACCCGGUAUCAAACCAUUAACCAAACCGGUCCGCAUCCUACAACUACGGACCCGCAGCCCGCACUACCACCGUGCCUCACCCGAGGCACAUAUCCGACGGAUGUGGGCUGUCGGACUAGGCUGUAUCUAUCACGGACUCGCCUCAGCCACGGCGUUCCUCCGACAAGAGCCCGAGACGGACCAUCCCAUCACCGUCGACGCUGAUGAUGCGGGUGGGCUCAACGACGCUGGAAAUAAUCCUAAUACUCAUAAUACUAACAUUUCUCAUCUCCUGCGCGAGAUGCACAACUUUGCGAAGGACGGCGGGGCCGUGGAGGCUGAGACAGGCGCUCUACCCCGACCGAGAGUGUACCCUGCGCUAGAAGGAAUGGAUGGACGGAAGUUUCGCGAGGGGAUGCUAGGCCGGAAGGGAAGGGCUGGGGGGACGUUGAGGAUGGCUGGUGUGUGA